CUUUCCCCUGCACUUUUGCUGCUUCUCCCGAGCAUGUAGCACCGAGCUCGGCGAAGAGAAGAAGAAUAGCAAUAAGAGCUCCCGUUAGGAAUGUGCCCAGUGCAGCCGGAGAGGCGGUAGCUCGACGAAGGGCUGAAGAUUUCAGAACAAAUGUUGGAAGAUGUUGGCUGUGGACACAGGAAUUGUAGAAGAAUGGUUAUCAGAAUUCAAGACAGUGCCAGAAGCAUCUAUACUGAGCUACGCUAAAAAUCUGAAAGACAAGAGUUCUCUGGUUUCAUCUCUCUAUAAAGUUAUUCAGGACCCACAGAGUGAGCUGCUGGAGCCAGUCUGUCACCAGCUGUUUGAAUUCUAUCGCAGUGGCGAGGAGCUUCUACUGCAGUUCACACUGCAGUUCCUUCCAGAACUGAUAUGGUGCUAUCUUGCUGUUUCUGCCAGUAAAGACCUACAAAGCAGUGGCUGCAUAGAAGCACUUAUCCUAGGAGUUUACAACUUGGAAAUCGUUGACAAACAGGGACACAGUAGGCUAUUAAGCUUUACAAUUCCAUCCUUAUCCAAACCAUCAGUAUAUCAUGAGCCUUCCAGUAUUGGUUCAAUGGCUCUUACUGAAGGUGCUCUAUCUCAACAUGGCUUAUCCAGGGUUGUGUAUAGUGGACCUCAUUUACAGAGAGAGAUGUUGACAGCACAAAACAGGUUUGAAGUAUUGACAUUCCUUUUGUUGCGUUACAAUGCUGCCUUAAGCUAUAUGCCUGCAGUUUCUCUUCAAUCAUUGUGUCAGAUCUGCUCAAGGAUCUGUGUUUGUGGAUAUCCUCGCCAACAAGUGAGGAAAUACAAAGGCAUAAACAGCAGGAUUCCAAUUUCCUCUGAAUUUAUGGUGCAAAUGUUAACUGGGAUUUAUUAUGCUUUUUAUAAUGGAGAAUGGGAUCUGGCUCGUAAAGCAAUGGAUGAUAUUUUAUACAGAGCACAACUGGAGCUAUAUCCAGAACCACUGUUGGUUGCUAAUGCAAUAAAAGCUUCAUUGCCUCAAGGUGCCAUAAAAUCUAAUAAAGAAGGUACAAAGUGCAUUCAGGUUGAAAUUACACCUACUGCGUCCAGAAUAUCAAGAAAUGCAGUGACCAGCAUGUCAAUUCGGGGCCAUAGAUGGAAAAGGCAUGGUAAUGAACUAGGAAUUCCGGAAGAAGAACUGAUUGAAGUCUCUGAGGUUGAUGAAGGUUUUUACUCUAGGGCUACUUCUACAACAAGUCACUCUGCUCUUUCAAACAGCAGCAAUACCAGUAACAAGACUCAGCUAGGCAAGAGUCAGCGAAGGUCUGGAGGAAGCAAACUUGGAGGAAAAGAAAAAGAAGCGGGUGGCGAAUCUUACAAAGAACAUCUGUCUCGUAAACAAAACCAGAGAGCGAUGAGUGAGAAUCUAGAGCUUCUGUCUUUAAAGAGACUGACCCUCACUAGUAGCCAAUCCCUGCCUAAACCAGGCAGUCAUAGUUUGGCUAGAACUAGCACUACUCUUUUUAGUAAAUCCUUUGAGCAGGUUAGUGGUGUUGUGGUCCCAAAUAAUCAGAAUGGCACAGAAGCAAACAGGUUUUCAGUGUGUAGUCUGCAAGAGGAGAAUUUGAUUUUUGGAGCUGAAAGACUAGAACUUCCUGUUCCAAGCAAACAGCCAAAUCAGCAACGACCACCUACCAUCAGCAUUACACUGUCAACAGACUAACAUACACCUGGCUAAUUUAUCAAUAUAAAUAAGGAUUCAGGUGGUGUUAAUACCCCCAUUUUCUAUUAAAUUGUCUU